UAAUAAACAAAAAACGUUCUAUAGAACUUAAAUGUUGCAUGAAAUGUUUGAAAAAUGGACAUUAAAUGUGUAUCAGUAACUGAUUUUGAGAAGGUUUGUCGUAUUUGUAUGAAAUUUGGCAAAUCAUUUUUAUCAAUUAAUUCAUUUGAAAUAAUUAAUAUGAUAAUAGCGUGCGCUUCUGUACAGAUUUGGGAAAAUGAUGAGCUGCCAAAUCAAAUAUGUAAUGGAUGCUUUGUUCAAUUGCAAAAUACCAUAAGUUUCAAACAAUUAUGUGAAAAUUCAGACAAUGAAUUUCGUCAAAUUAUUAAAAAGAAUAAAUUUGAUUUAUCGAAUAAUGAAGAUAAUUGUGCUAACGUAAAAGAGGAAGGAUAUGAUAGUAUAGAUUACGAUGAUAAUAAUUCUCUGUCAAUCUCCAUCAAAGAAGAAAACAUUUUGGAAAAUAUAACAAAUCAAAAUCCUAAAUUCGGUUACAAUGAAGAUAAUGUUAAAAAAUCGGAAAGUAUUAACAAUGAAGAUAGGGAAAUGUUGGAAAUUAAAAACGAAGAUGGUUUCGAAAAUAAUAGAAGGCAAACAAGAAGAAAAAUAAUUCAAUUUAAAUUCGAAGAAGAUAGUGAUAGCCAUGAAGAUAUAAAUGAAAAAAAUGAUUCCGAUUGGGAAGGUGAAGAUAGAGAAUCUGAUAAAGAUCAGUCACAGCCGAAUGAAUACAAAUGUGAAACGUGUUCUGCAAUAUUUAAACGAGUAGAGGCACUUGGUUUACAUAUGAAAAUAAAGCAUAAUGCAGAAGGUACCAAAUGUUACAAAUGUUCAUUAAUAUGUUAUCAUAAAUUACAUUUAAAUGUCCAUGAAAAAUCACAUAAUAAAUGUAGAUUUUGUAAUUUAACAUUUUCUUCAAAAAAGAAACUAACCGAACAUAAAUUAACUCACGAUGUAGUCAUCAACAAGUCUUCAUGGGAGUGUAAAGAAUGUCCAGCAAUAUUUUCAAGUAGAGACACUUUAUACAGACACAUGAAAAUGAUACACAAUCGCAAUUCAAUAAAAAAAUUGUUAAUAUGUGAUAAGUGCGAUGAAAAAUUUCCAAAUAAACGACUUUUAGCAAGACAUAUUCGUAAAACGCAUCCAAAAGAAAAAAAAGAGUAUAAGAAAAAUCAGAUCGUGAAUUGCGAAAUUUGUGGUAAAACAUUAAAACGAUGUUAUCUAAGUAAACAUAUGACAACCCACGGAGAACGUAAUAAGUUGGCUUGUGAAUAUUGUCCAAAAAUAUUUAUAUCACAAGAGACAUUACAAACACAUGUGAAAAUUUAUCAUAAGAAUUCGGGACCUGUUUGUAAGUUCUUGUGUAGUGAAUGUGGUCUUAAGCUACGUUCAAAGGCUGAGUUAAGUAACCAUUUGAUAACACAUACUGGAGAACGGCCGUAUGCAUGUGAUAAAUGUGAUAAAACGUAUCGUACAACUUUUAUGUUAAAACAGCAUAUAUCACGUACACAUUUGAAUGAACGUAAUUUUAUUUGUACAUUUUGUUCACAAGCAUUUUUUGAUAAGAAAAUUUUAUUGAAUCAUGUGAGACGACAUACGGGUGAAAAACCAUUUAAAUGUAAUAUGUGCGAAAAAAGGUUUAUACAAAAAACUGCUUUAAAAGUUCAUAUGAAAGUACAUACAGGAACGGCCGAAUAUAACUUUAAUGAGGGUGGACUCUGGAGCAAGACUGAUGUAUAACGAUAAGAGUGAUGCAACAGAUAGUAGAGUAAAAAGAGGAGAACAUGAAAUUCACUAGUGUCAGUCAGUUAUAGAAAAUAAGUUGUUUUUUUUUUAAUUUUUGUACAUACUUAAUUAGUGUGAAAGAAUAAAGACUAAAUCAUUAAAGCAGGAGCAAAGCCAAUAUCCUUCGAAGUCGAACUAUGCUUGACCCUAAGUGCUGAAAUUGAAAAAUUCAUUAUUUUGUCUAGAAAAAAUUUUGUUUAGAUUUAUCAAACAAAAAAGAUGUCUCAAUUUUUUUCACAACUAUGGAUAUUACCAAAAAAGUUACAAGGCACAUUUUUUGUUAUCCAUAUAACAUAUACAUAAAU